AUGAGCGAACUAACACAAUCUACUUUUAAAAGUUAUCAAUACUGUGCCGAGAAAGAUGUUCCAGGUUACAAUGAUUGCCCAGAUUAUUUAUUUCAAUUAUUACCAUCUUCAAAAUUGAGAGAGAAGAAAAAAAGAAUCAGAUUAAGUGUCAAAACACCAACUGGAAAUCGUAACUUGAUUUCUACUCAAGCACCACCACCACCAUCUAAAAGAUACAGUUCGAGAAAAUCAAGUUUAAAACUACCACCAACUCCAGAGGGAACACCAAUCACUUUGGAAAAAUCUGUAUUUGAAUCAGUCUCUGAAAAUUCAAGUGAUGAUUCAUUAAGUGGGAAAUACACACCAUCACCAAUGUCACUAACUAUCUGUUUAACAGAAACCGAAAUUAAAGAUAAAUUAGCUCAAUUUUUAAAAUUAUCUAAUAAAUUAUCUGCCAAGGAAUUCAAUUAUUACAAGAAUAAAUUAUUCACUAAUUUGAAAAAUUAUUUGGAUGAUCAAACAACUAGAUAUGUAUUGACCUUAUUUUUUGAAGAAAUAGCUGAUAAAAAUCAAGCGGAAGCUUUAUUACAAGAUUGGAUGGUCACUGACAUGGGCGUUGGUGAAUGGUCUCCAUCCUUACUAAAAUUGUAUAGAAACUUAUGCUAUUAA